AUGAGCGCUCUGGAGCCCACCACGCCGAGCCCUCAGCGUGCCCGUCCCUCAGCGCGCCGCCAAGGGGGGCGGGCACGCACCCAUCAGCACUGCGUGGCGAUUGGCCCGGCGUUCCCGCCCUCUGCAGCGAUUGGCCUGGCGUUCCCGCCCUGUGCAGCGAUUGGCCCUGCGUUCCCGCCCUGUGCAGUGAUUGGCCUUGCGUUCCCGCCCUGUGCAGCGAUUGGCCCGGCGUUCCCGCCCUGUGCAGUGAUUGGCCUGGCGUUCCCGCCCUGUGCAGCGAUUGGCCCGGCGUUCCCGCCCUGUGCAGCGAUUGGUGCUCCCUGCGGCCUUGUGGAAGGCUCGGCGCGCGGCGGGAGUGCGGACUCUGAGGGGAGCAAAGAUGGCGGCGGCAGCGACACCUGCGGGUCCCGCCGCGGGAAGCCCGGGGCUGUCGCUGCAGGGGCCGGGAAGAGCUGCCCGUGCUGCCCGCGGCUCUCCUCACCCCACCGCGCUGCCGCCGAGAGCUCACCCCGCACGGCCGGGACCCGCCGCGACCUGCGCGGGGCAGAGGAGGGCCCGGGACAGCCCGGCCCAGGCGGGGCAGGGGCUGUGCCGGCGGCGGAAGCGCCGCUCCGCCCGCCCCCAGCCGCGGGCCCCGCCGCGCCGCGCUGGAGGCGGCGAGCGACCCCCCGCCCGCAGCCCCUCGCCUGGAGCAAGCUGCGGCCGCAGUCGUACCAGAGCCCCAGCGGAGUGCUCGUCACCGACUUCCCCGUGGAGGACAGGUGCGCCUUCUCCGUGACUCAGCCCACCGGCACCGGCACGCGCCCGCCCGGCAGCCCCGCCAUGGGAUCGGUGUCCAACGGGACCGUGCGGCCGCCGGGCUCCCCCGCGCUGUCCCCGGAGCGGCGCUCCCGGCUGCUCGUCCCGGCUCCGGACGGUCCUGUCGGUUCCACCGCCAACGGCACCAUCUCCUCGCCGGGCAGCGGGCAGGGCCGCCGGCCGCGGCCGCCCGGGACCGCGGGGCUGCCCGCGCUGGCCCCGCAGCAGGAGCGGAUCGUGUUCGGAGCCAGCGCUCAGCCCGCACCGUGUCCCCGGGCAGCCGAGCCCCCGGAGGCGCCGGGGGGAUCCCCCGGGCCCAGCCGGGCUGCCGGGCCCCCGGAGGCGCCGGGGGGAUCCCCCGGGCCCAGCCGGGCUGCCGGGCCCCCGGAGGCGCCGGGGGGAUCCCCCGGGCCCAGCCGGGCUGCCGGGCCCCCGGAGGCGCCGGGGGGGUCCCCCGGGAGCGGGCCGCCGGCGGUGCCGUGCGCGGAGCCCCCCGCGCUGCUGAGCACGCACAGCCCCGCGGCGCGCAGGGUGGGCUCGCAGCAGCUGAUCCCCCGCAGCCUGGCCGAGAGCCGGCCCGCGGGCCGCGCCCAGGGCCACGAGCGGGGCCUCAAGGUGCGCAGCCUGGUGGAGACCCCCCGGCUGUCCCUCGGCAGCGACCCCGAGGACGAGCCCGAGGGCGGCCCGGGCGCGCUGCGGCGCGGGCUGCGCUCCACGUCCUACCGCCGGGCCGUGGUGAGCGGCGUGGACCUGGACGGCUCCGCCGACUGCAAGAAGAAAAACAGAAUGUCCCAGCCCAUCCUGAAAGCGGUGGUUGAAGAUAAAGAGAAGUUCUCGAGCCUGGGGAGGAUAAAGAAGAUGCUGAAAGGACAAGGGACGUUCGAUGGGGAAGAAAAUGCUGUAUUAUAUCAGAACUAUAAAGAAAAAGCUCUGGACAUAGAUUCUGAUGAAGAGUCUGAGCCCCAAGAGCAGAAGCUGGAUGACAAGGUUGUUUUUCCCUAUAAGCCCCUGAGGUCGACGUGGAGCCAGCUCUCUGUGGUGAAGAAGAAUGGCCUGUCAGAAGCCAUCAGCCAGGAGGAAAGGAAGAGACAGGAGGCAAUAUUUGAGGUGAUAUCUUCUGAGCACUCCUAUUUGCUGAGCCUGGAGAUUCUGAUCCGGAUGUUUAAAAAUUCCAGGGAACUGAGCCUCACAAUGACCAAAACAGAGAGCCACCACCUCUUCUCCAACAUCACGGAUGUUUAUGAAGCAAGCAAAAAGUUCUUUGAAGAGCUGGAGGCCAGGCACCAGAGCAGCGUUUUCAUCGACGACAUCAGCGACAUCGUGGCGAGGCACGCGGGCUGCAGCUUCGACCCCUACGUGAAGUACUGCACCAACGAGGUGUACCAGCAGCGCACCCUGCAGAGACUGCUAGCCACAAACCCAGCCUUUAAGGAGGUGUUGUCCCGGAUCGAGUCCCACGAGGACUGCCGGAACUUGCCCAUGAUCUCCUUCCUCAUCCUCCCCAUGCAGAGGGUCACUCGUCUCCCCUUGCUGAUGGAUACUAUUUGCCAGAAAACCCCCAAGGAUUCAGCAAAAUACGAGAACUGCAAGCAGGCUCUGAAAGAAGUCAGCAAGCCAUUUCCAUUGGUUUCCUCCUCACGGUGGCUGGUGAAAAGGGGUGAAUUAACAGCCUAUGUAGAAGACACUGGACUUUUUUCCAAAAGAACCUCUAAGCAGCAGGUGUACUUCUUCCUCUUCAACGAUGUCCUCAUCAUCACCAAGAAAAAGAGUGAGGAGAGCUACAACGUCACCGAGUACUCGCUGCGGGAGCAGCUGCUGGUGCUGCCCUGCGACGGCGAGGAGCCCAGCUGCUCUCCCAGGAACGCGGCCGGGGUGCUCCACUCGGGCCGCGCUUCUGCCUCCCACCUCUUCAGGCUCCUGCUGCUCAGCAACCACGCCGGGGACAGGGUGCAGAUGCUCCUGGGAGCAGAGACUCAGAGUGACAGAGCCCGCUGGAUCACGGCGCUGGGCCAGGACAGCGACGGGCAGCACACGGACAGGACCUCACUGGCUCAGGUGGAGAUCAUCAGAACGUACACAGCCAAGCAGGCCGAUGAGCUCUCUCUCCAAGUCGCCGAUGUCGUUUUGGUUUAUCAGAAGGUGAAUGAUGGCUGGUACGAGGGGGAGCGGCUGCGGGACGGCCAGAGGGGCUGGUUCCCCUCGGAGUGUGCCCGGGAGAUCACCUGCAGGGCCACCCUGGACAAGAACAUGGAGCGCAUGGGCCGCCUGCUGGGGCUGGAAACCAACGUGUAAGCAACGAGCAGCCGGGCCGGGGCACGCCGCAGACGCGGUCCCUGCUCUGACAGCUCCGAGCUGAGCCCCAGCAGCAGCACCUUGCAGCAGUGUCUCGGGCACGCUUUGCAGCUCUGCCUCGCUGCCUCCUUACCCUCUGCUCUGUCUGCUUUUGAGCAUCUGAAGUUGUUUCCAGCAGCAGAACUCUGGAGGGGCCUGCCUGGCCCAGUGCUGGCUGUCCUGCUGCUGAGGAGCUGCAGCCCCAGACCCUGUGUUACUGUGACACCCUCGUGUCAGCACCCGCGUGGCACCUGAACUCCAGCGAGCAGCCCUGGACUCUGUAAAGGCUGACCUACCUCUCCAGGGCAAAUCAGGGAUGGCACAGCUGGCACGGGCACAGCUGGCAUGGGCACAGCUGGCACAGGCACAGCUGGCACUGCCUCGCCAGGACUCUGCAGCUGCGCCUCCAUGGGGCUGCUCUGACCGGCUCCAGGUUCUGCUGUGGGCAAAGGAUUUCUGAAAGCCAGGAAAAGGCACCACCCUCUGCUGCUCCAUCCUAGCACAGGUAUUUUACUGCAGAAUAACUGCUGGAAGUGGGGGCAGUGGUUUCUGGUUUUCUCAGGUGCACUUCACUCAGUGCUUCAGGGCAGCGGUGAUGAGAACACGAAAUGCACUCACUGAACAAAUGCACUCAAGGCUGAGCAGAGUUCGGGGCAGGUGCCUGCAGAGGUGUGAGUGUGAGUGAUAAAAACCCUCCCUUUCAAGGACCAGCUGCUGACUCAGCAGUGUGAAAUGAGGGGACAACUUGUACUACCAAGGCUUUCCUCCUGGUGCCUUCCCCAGCCUCUGCUGGCUUUUAUCCUGCACGAUGCUGAUUGGAGUGGUGAGUGAAUUGUUUGUAAAGAUGUGUAGCUCUAAUAAUUUAAACUACAGUAGGAAGGCAGUAAUUUUGUACAAAAAUACUUACCUGGACAGCGUGACAGUGGUUAUACAGCCUUACAAAUUAAUUUAUAAGUGGACUGAUAAAACAGUAAUGAGAGAAACUGUAAAUUGAACAAAGACUUAUUUAACAUAGUAAAAACACUGCGACUGUUUUAACAGAUUUUACUGUAUACAUGUGGAUGUUUAACACAUAGCUGAAUGUAUAAAUCCAGGCAUUAAUUUUAUUCAGAUUUUUUUUAAUACACUGUAUAUAUUUUUCAUACCUAGUUUUUCCAAAAAUGCUGUAAUGUUUUGUAAAGACAUUUUUCAUUUUUCCUAUUGUUGGACACAGUUCUUCAGGAAUUAAAAGACUUCUAUGAUUUUAUAGGACAACAAUCAAUAAAGUGCUUUUAAAUCCUUACUAAAAAAAGUUUUGAUUUUGUUUUAAAUGCCAUAAAGCCACCAGGUGAUAAUGUAAUUUUUGUCAGAGAAAGUAAAUCUCUUCAGUAAACAUUGGCAUUUUAGCUUUUCCUGUUCUGUAAAGGUAAAUAGCACCAUCCUAUGUCCUACCUCAUCUGUCAUAGAUCCCAGUUACCUGUUGGACUUGGAGCACUGGCCUGGGACAGCAUCUCCUUGCUGAGACACCAUUAAGAGGGAGAUGGGAAAAGUCUUCAGUUCCCUCUGCUUCUUGUAGUUCAGCACAGUUCAGCUGGAAGGAACCCACAGCCCUGUGAGUCCAACCCCCCCAGGGCUGACCCAGUGUUAAAUCCUGUUCCUGAGUGUUUUUAACCACCCUCAGCCCUGGGCCAUCACCACCUCUCCAGGGCCUGUUGCAGGCUCUGUCCCUUCCCCCAGUGAAGCUCUGCUUCCUUGUGUCCAGUCCAAACUCAGCUUGACCUGUUAACUGCCCAGCCUCCUGUCCCUGGAGCCCAGGGCAGGGAGCUCAGACACUCCACACUAUUUUCAUUAGCAAAAAAUAAAGUCAUUUUUAGCACUGACUUCUCUAUCAGCACUGCUGUUGCAAAGGAAAUCACCUGAAAACUCAAGCCCUUCAUCAGCCCUGUGCACUUUGAACACACACACACACCCCCCUCUCCCUUUUAACUGGAGGUGGGCACUGCACCAGCACCUCCUUUUUAACUGGGAGCCCAGCAGUGGCAGCUGGCAGUUUGUUACUGCAACAUCAGCUCUGAUUUCUGCAGGGCAUGCAGUGCUCCCCUUCCUCCUGAUCAGGACACAGGUUGCCAACAGAAGGCUCUCGCUUGCCCAGAUGGAAUCUCCAAUGAAAUCUCUGUGUGCCUGUGGCUCCCCAGGCCCUGCUCAGGACUGCACACCAGGCAGGUGGUGGUGGGAGGGAGGCUGAAGGACUUUCUGUGCAGCUGGCAGUGGCAAAGAGGAGCUGGG